UAUUUAUUCCCAAAAUUUUUUAAUCCCUCCGAUCCGUUUCUACUUUACCCCCGCUCAUAUAUUGACUCUCCAUUUCGAUUGUUCUCCUUGUUGCUCUUAUUCGUUUCACUUUACGGCCUCCUUUUAUUCCCCUCAUUCAAGUCGAUGUCUGUCGCCUGUCUUCCCCCACGCAAUAUGAACGAUUCUACCAACACUGACUCUGUCGAAUCGGCCAUCUCAAAUUACUCUCGGUCGAUCCAUGAAUACACUCUUCAGUUAUGGACAGAGUCAAGAAGACUGGCGGAAGAGAAGGCUAGGGCGAGGAGGACCAAGGUUGGGGCACAGACGACGUUGCAGCGUUCUUCGGGGGGGAAGAACGGUACCGGGUCGUGUCGAGGGCCAGUCGAAGGCGGCAGAAUGAAGGACUCGCCAGUUGCGCAGUAGUCGCCGAUUUUACUCGCACUACGUAUCCUUCCCGUCAUUCUGGUCGGUCCGCCCCCCCGCAGCUGUAUUGACCUCUUGCCUCACCUCUGGAACUUUCCUGCAGGCCUAACUCUUCAUCGCGAUAUACCCCUUCAAGAGUGUUCGGCUACCACCUUCAAACGACAUCACAGCUUUCACAUCCGCCGCUAUUCACCGGCAUCGGGAUCAUCAGUGUUGGCAGUGACUUUUCUCUUGCAAUGCUAUCUCUAUACCACGCUUUCAUUGUUGUCGCUUUACUCCAUUACACCCAUCAUCACUACGAUCAAUCGCAUCGUUGUACAACAGCUUUCAGAAUUUCACACCCGAUAUAUUUGGUAUCACUAUAUGAAAUCGAUGCAGUUUGAUCCAAGUUCAAUUCGAAUAGUACUUGUACUUUACGUUCUCGUAUUUAGAGUCUAUGCUUCUAGAAGUUAUAUUAUGUCCCUCAGUGGAAUUCUAUCUGGGAGUGCUUCCACCUCGGGAGUCGUCCUCACCGG